ACCUCAAGCCAAUUUCCAAAGAUGAUGCUAUACUUCCAGAGGUUUUCAGUGAGCUGCUUGUACGGAAGUGUCAGCAUAAGUAAUCAAUAUGGUAUCGCGGAAAGUCUGUGCGGUUACGUGUCAAGCAGUAAAGUCUACACUUACAAUGGUGACGUCAAGAUAAAAUACACCUCUAGACCCCUACAGUGGGUCCACGCAUCAUUAUCUUUGAUCGUAGCGCUGUAUUCGGAUUCAAAGAACAUGACGGAUCAUUGUGGGUCUCGCAUCGCAUCGUUUGUCAAUCACCAACUCAUACUUGACUUUUCUGGCGACGACGAUUGCGAGGUUACUUUAGAAACUACCAAUCAGUUCCCAAUGUUGAUGCUUUACUUCGCGACUCCAGUGAGCUGCGAUUCCGGAUAUGUCAGCAUAACAAAUCAAGACGAUAAAUGUCAAAGCUGGGGCCACGUGUGUGACAACGGGCGAUGUAUCGACGCUAAAGUGUAUUGCAACGGCUACGAUUCUUGCGGUGACAACUCUGGCUGUUGGGUCAUCCCCACCAACCCCACCAACCCCAUGAUUUUGGAUUGGAAUGUCCGCACCACUUCUGACACAAAGACGAAGGUGACGAAAGUGAAGACAACUCAAGCGUACUCGUAGGGCCUGGCAUUGGUGUUGUCGUUUUUAUCAUCGUCAUUUUUAUUGUCACGAGGGUCAUUUACAGACGAAUACAAGUCGGACCGCCUUCUAGGCAAACUCGCCCAAUUGCGCAACCUCGUCUUACUGCGCCUCCGAUGCAAGAUGAGUCAACAAAUCUUGAGCAGACUAAACAGGGGUUUUCAAACGAGCUGUACGUUAUACAGGUGCAACAAACAAGAAAAAAUGUUCCUCACAGAAUGCCAUUGUAUUUCCAGUUACC